CAAGUCUAUCCUGCUUCUAAUGUUGGGUGUCCUACAUGUGUGGAUGUUGCUGCAUUAUUCUAAAAUGGGGUGCCUCAAGACUGUCCAUAAUUUUAAAGGGUGCCUCGAGACUGUCCAUAAUUUUAAAGGGUGCCUCGAGACUGUCCAUAAUUUUAAAGGGUGCCUCGAGACUGUCCAUAAUUUUAAAGGGUGCCUCGAGACUGUCCAUAAUUUUAAAGGGUGCCUCGAGACUGUCCAUAAUUUUAAAGGGUGCCUCGAGACUGUCCAUAAUUUUAAAGGGUGCCUCAAGACUGUCCAUAAUUUUAAAGGGUGCCUCGAGACUGUCCAUAAUUUUAAAGGGUGCCUCGAGACUGUCCAUAAUUUUAAAGGGUGCCUCAAGACUGUCCAUAAUUUUAAAGGGUGCCUCAAGACUGUCCAUAAUUUUAAAGGGUGCCUCAAGACUGUCCAU